AUGUCCACACGUCUCACAGUCGUCGGUGCCACUGGCACACAGGGCGGUGCAGUCAUCGAAGCAGCACUUGCGGCAGGAGGUUACCAAAUUCGUGGCAUCACCCGUAACACGUCCAGCGAAACCUCGCGAGCUCUCCAAGCCAGGGGCGUCGAGAUGGUCAAAGCCAACCUUCUGUCCUUCGACUCGGUAAAAGAGGCGUUUGCAGACUCCAACGCCAUCUUCGCCAUGACCGACUUCUUCCAGCCUUUCGCCGCGCUGGAAGCAGACGCCGAGAAGACUAUGGAGAUGGAGUGGCAGCAUGCGUUCAAUAUCGUCACGGCUGCUGCUGAGACACCUACGCUGAAGCAUUUCAUCUGGAGCACGCUUCCACAUGCUGCGAACAUCAGCAAUGGGGAAUAUAGUGUUCCGCACUUCGUGGCGAAGAACCGCGCGGAAGAUUAUAUCAAGAAUGUGCCAGAUCUCUUGGCGAAGACGACAUUCUUGUGGGUUGGGUGGUAUGCGAGUAACUUCCAGUAUCCCAUCUUCAAGCCGGCGUUGAUCAAGACAGCCAACAUGCACGCCCAAUUUGCCCCAGCUCCAGGAGACACCCGCAUCACCUCAAUCGGCGACACCCGCAACAUCGGCGACUUCGUCGUUGCAGCCUUACGGCAGCCUGAGAAGACCUUGCCCGGUCGAUACAUCAGCGCGACCAUCGAAGACACCAGCAUGAGGAAGAUGCUUGACGACUGGUCCGAGGCCUCGCAAAAGGAGGCGAUCUAUAUCGAGGUCUCUUUGGAAAGCUAUGAUCGAUUGUGGCCGGGCUGGGGGUUGGUUGAAGGGGAGUAUCUGAGGUUUAGCCAGGAGUUCGGGGAGAAGGCUUGGCCUUUCGAGGGGGUUUUGACGGCGAAGGAUUUGGGGGUUGAGACGGGGAGGAUGAAGGGUGUGUUGGAGACGUUGAGGGGGAUGCAGUUGAUAUAG